UAGCGCCCCACACACCAAACUACAAUCAGCCAAAGCCAUUGGAUAUCAGCAUGGCGCCACGUGACCAAGUACUUGCCUCGCCUUCGUCAGUGUCCAAGAUAAACCAGUUGAAAGACCGCCUUUGCGUCCAGCCCAUGACUCCGUCAAAGGAUCAGUCGUGCCUUGCGUUCACCAUGUGGGCCAACCGCGCUGCCAUGGUGAUGUUCUUCCUUCUUGCAGUGUCUAUCGUGAUCUGCCUUGUGACCAUGCUAUUGCCCCCAACCAGCACGCUGAUGCCGCCAUCGACGACAGAGCCGCCGCGCAUUGUGGUCGGAAUGACCAUGACGUCGAUCCCCCCACGUGUCGUGAACCGCCGUAUUCGCUACGAACCGCUGAUCAAGUAGAAAAGGUCGUUGUUGUGCAUAAGUCGUUAAUGAGACCAUGCGCACGCUACACUCGUUGGACUGUCGAUGUGGGAUCUGGACGACAUGUAUGUGCGUUACGGUGUGGCCGGUC